CCGUAUCAUGGCCGACCCUGCGCUCUGACCCCAGCUUCUAAGCAAGCUGCGAAUAACAAAAUUUCACUGUGCUGUGAUGUAUAUGUGACAAAUAAAGGCUAUUCUAUUCUUCUACUCUAAAAAGGUAUUUACUUUCAAAUGUACUUAAGUAUCCAAAGUAUUAUAAUUUCUUAUGGCUAUAAUGUUCCUAUAAUCCUUUCUGUCACAAGACUCUUUGUUGAUCAACUCAGUUUAUGUGAAAAUACUCUGUUACUCUCAGCACAAUGAUCUAUCAAUAGAAUGAGAUUACUUAUUUAAACACUGAUUGAUAUCUAUUACAAUGAUCAUGAGCAUGGGUGUUGUGGCAUGUUAGGGUGACGAGUUUCUGUUAUCAUUUAUUCCUCUCAAAAUGUUCUGCUUGAAGCUGAACUGUAUGUGGUGAUAAGGAGAUACCACCAAGCGCCAAUCAAAACAAGUUCAAAACAAAGCAUGUGCUCUACACUCGCUGCUUGUUUGACCAGUGAAGAUUUUAUCCUCUCAUAAAUAAAAAAAAAAAAGACUGAUUUUGCAAAAUGUUGUUGAGUAAAAUAUUUGACUUUAAAUUAUAGUAAAGUAAAAAUCUCCCCAAAUAGAAAUACUUCAGUAAAGUACAGGCCCGCAAAAACGCUACGUUUUUCGCUAGAAGAUGUGUUCUGAAGAGAAUCUAAGGAGACAUCCUGUUUAAGAUUCUUCCCAGAACAGAAAAUGACCAAUUACCGUCCGUGGUCGUGUAAACAUGCAUGUUUUCUCUGCUUUCUCUUUCUCUUCUUCCGUGCAGCCAUGUCCUGUUUCAGUCAAUCGCUUUGUGGUUAAGCCAUAAAAUGUUAUUAGGCAAAUUUAAAGUUGUCAAUACAAAUGAACGUAAGUAAAUUAUGAUUUUUAUAAUAUAAUAAUAUGACAUUUUAUAAUAAGUCCCUUAUUGGAACCUAUAGAUGUGAUUAAGUUACAUUACAUUCAACUUUAUUGUGAAAGAGCAGCGUUUAAAUACAUACGAGUCUGUAAUCCUUUUGCUUGGUUUUAAUCUUAAUCUUACCACAAAAGACUGUAAGUAUGACAUCGUAUCUACACCUAUCAACAUCAGCUUUCUAGUUAAGGUAGUGCAAAUGUUUUAAUAAUGGCAUUUCUAUUCAGAAUUGCAUUUAAAAUCAUGCUACAGUGAAUCGAUCGCUUUGAGCUUUUGAGUAUGAAGCAAAUAGAAAGGGAUUAUAAGACACUAAACUAUUUGUGCCAAAAUGAGAAAAGCUCACACUGGUCACAUUAACAUCACACCCAGGUUCUUCAGGAAGUGGUUGUGGUGAAAACACUUCUAGAGUCCAUCUGAGCAUCGUGAAAUGAAACAAAAAGGUUGAUGGGAAAAGUUGAAAUAGUUUCAAAUGUAUAUAGAAAUAAAAACACAAAACAUUCUGAUUGCAUAAGUAUUCGAAUUUUUUUUUUUUUUGUGUGUGUAGAUCUUUUUCUAGUGUUAAAUGUUAAGCUUACUAAUAAAGACUUACCCAUCGUUUUGUCUUGAGCUGAGUUUAUGUCCCUGGUCUCCAUGAUGAUCUCCCUAGGGCAACAGAUUUGAUCUAAUCUUUCAAUUUAAUCACGUUACACAAAAUAAUUUUAUUGUAGAUCACAGAUGAAUUUGUUUAGAGGUUUGGUAUUCACACUCUCUCUCACCUAUCAUCUAAAGUGCACAGUGAGAAUAAGCAGACUUCACAACUGUGGUUGUGGUGAAAAGAUAAUGCAUGUGAGCAUUAUUUCAAAAUAAAAACAUGAAAAAAUGUCAUCUAAAGUGACACUGAGUAAUCAUGACUAAAAUUUCUGUGAGCUCAUGUAUGCAAAAGAGGGCUGAUAGCACCACUAUGAAAUAAAUAGCUACCAUAGAGUUGGGCAGAGAUGGAAAAUGGGUUAUAUUUUCAAUUUGCAUGACCAAAUUAGGGGAAAUUAAAUAUUAAAAAAAGACAAAAUAAGAAGGGCAAUUUGUGAACAAGAGUUUACAAAUUGUAUAACAAAAUCAGAUCCAAACACUACAAAAGAACAAGAAUGGCAAUCAGCAUAAUUAAGUGCAAAGUGUUUUCAUAGAAGAUGUGGACACCCUGUUCUCAGAAUUGACCAAUUCAGCAUCUAAGGUCAUAUGAAAGUGUACACUUUCUCUGGUUUUCUCUUUUCCUUCAUCUCUACACUCAUGUCCAGUAUCAGUCAAUUGCCAUAUGUUUUAUCUAUAAACUAUUCUUUGGCAAAGAAAAGUGAAUUUAAGUAAAUUAUAUAUUUUUGUUAAUUUUAUAAUUAACCUAGAGACCCACAUUAGACACUAUAGAUGAGAUGAGAUUAGAUUAUAUUAUAUUAUAUUAAACUAUGUUGGCAUCAUAAACGUAAUAAGUCACUAAAUUUCGUGUGUUCCACCAAUAACCGAAAGCAUGAGAAAAUAUCUAUAUUUGUCUAAAUCUUUUUUGUAUUUCAGCUAAGAUAAAUGUUUUAAUAAUGAUGUUUCUUUGAUAAUUAUGUUUCUAUAAUAAUUACUUUUUUUAAUAAUAAUGAUUACUAUUUACAGUUUGACAUUAAACAGAUCAGAGUUUUUCAGUAUAAAACAAACGGUGAAUAAACGAUUACAAAGAAUAGACCAUUUGUGGAAACUUUCUUUGGCUGCCAUUAGAAAAAAUGCAUGCAGGUUUUUCAGGAAGUGGUUGUGAUGAAUAUGUAGUCCAUCUGAGCAAGUGAGAAAUGAAGCAAAAGCUCUCUGCUAUUACAACUGAGUAACAACAGAGAUGUUCUAUGGGAUGAAGCAUUGGAUUCUGUGGCUGUCUAUAUGUCACAUUUCAUACAUGAGUGGAGAAAUGUUGUGCAGUAGUGAACUUCUAAUACACAGUAACAUUACUGCUGAGCUCCAGUCUGACGUCCUGCUGCCGUGUAACUUUCAUCCAACUCUCCUCGGAUCGGAUAAGACUGCAGAUAUAGCAGUAGUGUGGACUCAGAAGAACACAACAACACACAGUCUACUGGAGAUCUCUCUACAGGGAGACGUGAGGUUCUGGGAUUACAAAGGUGGACGUAUCAAGACGUUUCCUAAACUCUCUGAAUCAGGAAACUUCUCCAUCCUCGUUCAGAAAGUGCAGCUGUAUGAUCUGAGUCUGUACCGCUGUGAGCUGUUUAAUGGGUUCAACUGCAGCAUUGCGUAUCAGGAGAUACACCUAAUUAGACAGACUGGUGUGAAUAUUUUGGAAGAAAAAUGGCUUUUCAUAGCAGUAGGAGGAGGAGCUGGUGUACUCGCCCUUCUUGCGGCAGUAGUUUGUUUCGUAAAGCGUACUCGCUUCAAUGCAUCAAAUGAACGCAUCUAUGCAAACUCAAGAUUUGAAAGAAGAAAUGACAAACAGCACAGUGAAGAGAAACACAGCAGUAAUCAGCAUGCACCUAAGGCUAAAAUGAAGGUCCAUGCCAGCAAACCUCGAAAUCACAGUAACAUCUACGCCAACAACCAAGUGGAAGCUGUAGAGAUUUACGCCAACCAGACACACUGAAAACGGACUAUGAGGCGGUUUAACCUAUUUAUACACAAUUGAUUGUUCAUGCUGUUGCACCUUCCCAGUUUCUAUGCAGACAUUCUUGUAUUAUUUAAGGGAACUCCAUAAUGAUACUCAGUAUGUGGUCAGAUGUAAAGUAAACAUCUGACACCACACUAUUAUAUAAUUGACUUUCCAUAAAUCAUUGGCAUAUACCUGUAUUUGGAGUCAUGGAAUAUAAGAUUUUUUUUUAUAUCUGUAGCAUUCAAAUAUUCUAAAUCUAGAAAUAAGGAGCCCUAAACCUGUUCCAGCAUGACACUGUCCUUGUUUACAAAGUGAAGAUUGGAUUAGAAGAACGUCUGUGUUCUGCACAGAGCACUAACCUCAACCUGUGGUCUAGAACAUUGACAACAGGGCCUUUGUUCAAUAAUACUCCUUUGCAAUGAUGUUUAAACAUGCAGUUGUUAAUGUGCUGGUCAGGCGUCUACAUACAUUUUGCUCAGAUAAUAUAUAUAAACAUUGUUUACAUUUGCAGAUGAGAAUCAUUUUCUAGUUCAUUUAUAUUAAGGAUGUAAACCAGUGAGUAAAUGUUUUCUGUAUGAGUUAAUAUGCUCAAUUCUAAUUGAAUAGAAUGCAGCGUUAUCAUGGUGGGUUUGGUUAUAUGGUUCAAUUGAGUCUCAUAUUGAAAUUCAGUAUGCAUGUCUUUUCAUUGCAUAUAUCUAUCUGUCUGUCAAACUCUAAAAUACAGUGAUUAUUAUCAUAAAAGUCAAACAAUUUUAGGUUGAAGUUACACUUGGCUUUUUACACUCUCUACAUUGGAAUUAUUUGUGAAGUAAAAAUAGGUCGAAAAGCAGGCUCUGGCAUGGAGAAACUGGUGCUGGAUCUGUGAUGAUCACAAAUGUUGCUUGCUCAUCAGGGAUAAAUGCACACCGUUCACCUUGACUGUUGAUUUCUGUAAAGCUGCUUUGAGACACUGUCUGUUGUGAAAAGCGCUAUAGAAAUAAACUUGACUUAACUUGACUUAACUUGACGUGACUUGAAGACAGAGACAAAUCAGCAGGCAAAUUUAAAAACAGUAAACAAGCAAAAUGUCAGACAAUCAACAGACAGGAUUUUCUAGGUCGAAACAGAAAUCUAGAAACUAGAACAAAGCCGGUUAAGAACAAAUUAUCAAAGCACAAAAUCAAUUCUCGGUAACGAUAGACACAAUAAAUGAAACUGGUCAUGUACUUUGCAGUAAGUUGAACAUAUGAAAGUCUUCUUAUAUUUGAGCUUUGUGUGUGUAAGUGUAACUGGAAACAGGUGCCGUAUCAGUAUGAUGGUGCAUGUGAAUGUUGUAGUGCAUGGGAGUUGGAGUCUAAAGCAACCAUGUUUGAAGACCGUGGUGGCUCCUGGGAAAGGCAGUGACCUGACAAGGUCUCCUGAGAUUUUAAACAGAACGUCAAAUAUUAAUCACAGCAAGACCCCUAGUAUCAUAAAAUAUGAAAUCAUCUUCUUAUGAAUUAAAAUUGUAUCACAUGAUAUCAUGUGGAAGCUUGUGGGUUAAACGCCUACUAUCUUUUCAUCUCCAAUAACUGGAAAGAUUCAAAGUCCCAAUAAUUCCAUUCUUAUUGCUUUAAUUGAAACAUAAUUGUAGUACAGGGGUGUACUGAACUUUGAAUUCUAUUAAAACAGUUUCAUUAAACCUUCUCACCUAAAGCAGUUGAUACAAUAUGCAGGUUUUAAUAUGUUAAAGCUUUUA